AUUUGUACUCAAAUUACUCAUUCGACCACAAAAUACAGUCCUCCUCCACUGGCUUAUUACCAUUUACGAGGGGUUUUCUUUCUCCCGGAAGCGGGCAAGCGGCGACCUCGAACAACAAUCUCUGCUAUGGCGAAUCUCGCAUCCCGUCGGAGCCUGGCUUCGAUUCUAACACGAGCGCUCUCAUCUUCUUCUCCAUCCACUUCAUCCCCCUCGCUAUCUUCCCGUUCUCGCUUCGCUUCGGCUCUUCUCGACGAAUCCUCUCCGGCGCGGCUGCCGCCGCAGACGUACAAUGUCCCCUCCCGAUUCAAGACUUCCCGGUCCGGUUACUCGCCGCUGAACGACGCGUCGCCGAACUGGAGCAACCGCCCGCCCAAGGAGACGAUCAUGCUCGACGGCUGCGACUACGAGCACUGGUUAAUCGUGAUGGAGUUUCCGAACGACCCAAAACCUUCCGAGGAAGAGAUGAUAAACUCCUAUGUCAAAACCCUCGCCGCCAUCGUCGGAAGUGAGGAAGAGGCGAAGAAGAAGAUUUAUUCGGUUGCUACCAAGACUUACACGGGAUUUGGCGCUCUGAUCUCCGAAGAGCUCUCCUACAAAGCUAAAGAAUUGCCUGGAGUGUUGUGGGUUCUCCCAGAUUCGUACCUUGAUGUUCCUAACAAAGAUUAUGGAGGCGAUCUUUUCUUGGAUGGGAAGGUGAUACACAGGCCGCAGUAUUGGUUCACUGAAAGUCAGAACAGUAGGCACAACAGGCCUCGUCCACGGUAUGAUCGUCGGAGGGAGACAAUGCAGGUUAGGAGAGAUCCUAUGCCAACGUCGCAGCUACCACCAUCUAUCGGAGCUGGCCAGAACCAAUCUCCACCGCAAAAUGCUGGCUUCUCCGUGAAUCAGCAGCAGCAGCAGCCGCCGCAAGGGCAGCAGUUUAACCAAAACAGUCUGCAACUUACUGUUGGAAACUUGGAGUGCAAAUUCGAAAGUUUCGAUCCUUGUAAUGGUCUUAUUAUGGUCAAUAGUCUAGGUAAUGGUGGAAAGCUUGCCGUCUCUCCGUUCCUGAUCUGGAUUCACUCGAUAGGUUCCGCCAUGAACUCAAAUUACGGGAAAGGUUCAUCUGGGUCGAUGAAUUCCUUCAAUUUCGAUCUGGGUCUUGGAUCGAAUCGCUCUAAACCCUUGAACGAACAGAGGAAUCAGAGCUCCUCCGGUUACUCUUCGUAUUCGUAUUCAUCCACGACUGGGUCGCAACCGAGGCCUGCUUUCCAACCGGGGAAGCCGUCAUGGACUCACCAACCUGCUGCGGCGGCGAGUCAGCCAGCUCGCGCUGGGUUAGAGGGGCCGAAUUCGAUGGUCGGAGAUAUAUUUGGCAAGACCUGGGGAUCCACGGGUUCAGCUGCUAAGAGCUCCGGGAUAGGGAUUGGGAUUGCAGAGAAGAACCCUAAUUUGUUUGGCGAUCUGGUGAGUUCUGCUUUGGGGCAGGGGAAUAAGAGUGGAAGCAAUGCCCCUUUGAAGAAUGUGACUCCGGCGCCAAGUAAGAGCGCUUAUUCCAUGGGGAACAUGGCGGAUUCAAUGCCUAAGGUUAGUGGUAACUCGGUCCAAAGUGGUGCAGGUUGGGGAUCUAAUAGGAAUGUUAGCACUGACAGUGCUGGUAACGUGGGAGUGAAUGGUAAUAAGAGUGCGAAUCUUGGUGGUUCUUCCAUAAAAGGAAUGGCGGGUGGAGGAAUGAUGGGGGUAAACAAGGACCCGUUCGUUUCUCUAGUCGACUUCUCGUCGAAGCCUUCUCAGUCUGGUGGUGGCCUUAACUCUGGCCCCAAAGGUAAUAGUAAACCUAGUUCUAAUGUCAAUGAUCCAUUCGGUGAUUUCCAAAAUGCUUCAAAACCAAACUCAACUCCAGCUCCUUCUAGUGGGUUUGGUGCAAAAGAUCCAUUUGGGGAUUUCCAGAACGCCUCAAUACCAAGCUCAACUCCAGCUCCUUCUGGUGGGGUGGGUGCAAAAGAUCCGUUUGGGGGUUUCCAGAACGCCUCAAAACCAAGCUCAGCUACAGUUCCUUCUAGCGGAUUUGACUUUGGAAUGCCGAGCAAUGUCUUUGGCGCUCAGAAACAGACACAGUCGUCAGUUCCGGCUGCAAGCAGUGAUCCACUUGGGGUGUUCUUCAACUCUUCAGCAGGAAGUGCUGCACCAGCAUCUUCAGCAGGUGCAGGGCAGCAAUUCUCGGAACUUGAUGACUGGGGGGCGGAUUCAGGCUUUGAUGGUGCAGAUGGUCCCACUACUACCGAGCUCGAAGGGCUUCCUCCACCUCCUGCGGGGGUUUCAGCUUCUGCUGCAAAGAACAAGGGUGUGGACCAUCAAAAGCAAGGGCAGUAUGCUGAUGCCAUUAAGUGGUUGUCGUGGGCUGUGGUGCUUCUUGAAAAAUCUAAAGAUAAAGCUUUAUCUGCUGAAGUUCUGUCGACUAGAGCCUCGUGUUAUAAGGAAGUUGGAGAGUACAAGAAGGCCGUUGCCGACUGCUCAAAGGUGCUCGAAGGAGAUGAAACCAAUGUAUCUGUGUUAGUCCAGCGAGCACUCCUAUACGAGAGUAUGGAGAAGUACAGGCUCGGAGCCGAGGAUCUGAGGGCCGUUCUUAAGAUCGAUCCACUUAACCGGAUUGCGCGGAGUACUGUCCACCGCCUGUCCAAAAUGGCAGACUAGAGAAAAAGUACGCCCUUACUACAUUGUAUUCUAGCUUCUCUUUUCAUAUUGAUACACUUAAUGCCCCCUCUGUAUGAAAUCUGUGGGGGAAAGGGAACUUUUUUCCGCCCGAAUGCCUGUAUUACCAUUGUGGAUUUUUGCAUGUAUUCAUUGUUUUCAUUCUCGUGUUCUGUUUGCCUUUGAGACAAAAGAAUUCAUCUUCAUCCCAUACUCAUUUUUUUCCAUAGGAGAUUCAUUCCAUACUCAAACAAGGCUUUUCUGUUUGUAAUAAUCAC